AUGCUGAAGAUAUGGUCCAUGAAGAAGGAGCAGCAAAAGGCUGAGAAUGCUGCCGAGGGCACAACAGGGGUGGCGCCCAAGAAGAAGAAGGUUACGGCGGCGCAAUUACGGGUGCAGAAGGACCUAUCAGAGCUCUCGCUCGGCAGCACAAUGACGACCGAAUUUCCGGACCCAGACAACAUCCUGUCCUUCAUCCUGUACAUCGAGCCGGACGAGGGCAUGUACAAGGGCGGGCGCUUCAGCUUCACGUUCAACAUCCCCGCCUCGUUCCCGCACGAGCCGCCCAAGGUGCUCUGCCGCGAGAAGAUUUACCACCCCAACAUCGACCUCGAGGGCAAGGUGUGCCUCAAUAUCCUGCGGGAGGACUGGAAGCCCGUGCUCAACCUCAACGCCGUCAUUGUCGGCCUGCAGUUCCUGUUCCUCGAGCCCAACGCCAGCGACCCGCUCAACAAGGAGGCCGCCGAUGACCUGAGGAAUAGCCGCGACGGGUUCAAGCGCAACGUCAGGCAGGCCAUGGCCGGCGGGAGCGUGCGCGGCGAGACGUAUCAGAGGGUGCUGGUUUAG